AACAGCUGAACAAUUUCCUCAAGUCUAUGAGGACACAGUACAGCCGUCUGACGAACCCAAAGUCUGGAAAGGGGACCAGAGACACACCUUUAAGUGAGAGGGAUCAGUGGAUUCUCAAUACAUUCCGCUUCCUCGAGGGACAUAUUGUGAGGAUGAAAGGGAGAACAUUGGGAAGGACCUCUAAAGGACGAGUAGCAUCCCAACCGAGAGAAGACGAAUACUCUUCCCCCGACCAGGAUACUGAGACUGAUGAGCGUGAUGACAACAGUGAGAAUGACCAGACCGCCCAAGAAGCUGAUGACGCCACCUCAGAGCAUGAAGCUGGCUCUUCGUACAUCAACUUAUCAACUGUUGGCAAGGGCAAGGGCAAAAUGAAGAGGAGGUGUACAACACCCAAGGUUGAUUCCUCUGACGAAGCCAAGGAAAGAGAACUGCUGGAAAAGCUCCUCCAGCGAGCAGAUGAGGUCAGAGAUCUACGAAGGUCUUCUUUCGCCUUGUCAUCUCCCCCCACAAAAUUACCCCCCCAUGAGGAACAGGUCAACGGUUUCGUAGCGUACUUGACCACUCAGCUGCGACAGAUCCCGCAGGAACGGUGGCUUAACUUCACCAUAGACAUCAUGAAGAUGGUGCAAAGCUACAUUUCACCUCCUUCAAUACCUGCUCCACUUGCUCAAACCCCUGUUCAGUCCCAACAUGAAGAGCCCUUCCAUUCUAUGCAUCAGACGUCCCAGGGAGCAUUUUCUUACGGCAGGAUGCCACCAACGCCCUUCUCUCCAUCAACAUUCUCUUCACGCCAACAGAUGACACCACAACGGAUGACAAAUCCACCUGGAAUCUUCCACGAAUACCAUGCACCGUCGCCUGCGUCAUCGUUCAUGCAACAGCAAAAUCCAGGUCCUUCAGGAUUCCAGAGAUCGUCAAGUGGGUUUUUUCAGCAGGACUAUACCAACAACAUCGAAACGCUUCAAGCUCCAUCGAUGUCUCUGAACCAGAUGGGAGUUCAGGACGGUGGGAUGAGAAGCUCACCGGAAAGUGCAGCAUCAGCAGCAGUUCCGCCACCCUCGACAACAAACGCCUAGAGUAGGCCCUUCGGCAUGUGGCGAUAUCUGUUUUUGUCAGUUGUUAAAUUAGUGUUCUAUUUCUAAAAGUUUGGUUUUAAACGUUCAGAUUUUGACUUGCAUGUUUAUUUUUUUGUUCUAAAGUAGUAACAGGGUUGAUUCCUCGGUCCAUGCAAGAUGUUGAGACUCAUAUUGCUACAAAUUUUGACUAUGUUUGAUGGAUAGAAAAAAAAGAUCACCAAUAAUGGAUGAGCCAAUUGUAGUUUUGCAUUACGUGCGUUUAACUUGACUUAAUUGUUCUGUAUUCAAAAUCAUUGGUCUUGAUUUACGAAGUAGAAUGUGGCUAGUACUCCACUGUCAUUUGAGUUUGCCAAUUAAUCCGAUGGUAAGAUGUGGUAGGUCCAGUUCUCCCUGAAACAUUAACAAAGAACAAUGAAUAAUUCAUCAAAAUUCUCUCAAAAGCGUACAAGUGUAGAAUUGAAAACAUUAUAAAAGUAAUUUAAUUGUUUUUUCUCCUAUCAACAACUAUUAACAUGUGAGAAAAGGACCUCUUAUUUCCGAUAAAAAUGAUAAUGUUUCUGUCGUAGUUUCCGAAUGUGUUCGUUUACAGACCUUUUGUGUAGUUGAAAUUUUGACAAUAAAGUGGAUUGCCAUAAAAUAAUUUAUU